AUGAUUACAUUUGUGGAUUUAAAUCCAUGGAUGAAUUACUGUUGGCUGUAUUCCUUUAAAAUAAAAACAUGUUUAAAAAAGAGAAAUAUUGCAAGGGGCUGUAGCUUUCUGUGUAAUUUACAGGUCACUGAAUUAUAUGUCUGCUUGUAUUUCAUCUGGAAUCAGAGGAUGUUGCCUUCCUUGUGAAGCUUGAUAUAUUUCACUAGUAACUGUGAUUGAAAAGAAAAUCUGAUGAUCAUUUGAUACUACAGAUGGAGGCUAUCACUUGUGGGUUGACGCUUAUUCAACGAAGGAAAAUUCUGUGUCUUGCAAACAGCAGUGCCACUUCUUCUAAAUGUCUGCAGUGACAGGCAGCUAGACAACAGACACCACAUCAGGUGGCAUUUAUAUAGCCUGCAUUGUGCAUUGGAUUUGAACAGAUGACCAUCGCGUGAAUACUGGUUUUUAUACUUACUCAGAAUCAACACAGCUUCAUUGGCUUCAAGACAGUGUUAAAAAGCAGGUCAUCUGGCCCUUUCUGAUACAGAGAAUCAUGCACAUCACAGGAGCUGAAAGACUCAUCCUCAUUGGUGGUCUGCUGCAAGGUGUUCUGUGCCUCGACUUUGCAGCUCUGAUGCCUCAGAAUAUAAAGGCUCUGAGUGGAUCUUGUGUGAACAUUCCCUGCUCAUUUACACUGCAAUCUAGAUUUGAGUCGUUCCUCACAACUUCAUGUAAAGGAAUAUGGAGGAAAGGGUGGCCAGGAGUACAGGUGUUUGAUUCUAGUCUCACAGGGACAGGCUUAAACACCAUUCAAGGGAAUCUAACUGGGAACAUGCAGCAGAAGGAAUGUACCACAAUCCUGAAUGACUUACCUUCUUUCAAUGACUACUUUUCAUUUAGAAUUGAAUGUGACAAUUAUCUGAAAUAUAGUUUUCCAGAAGUUGUCACAAUUUAUGUAAAAGAAAAUCCAUCCAAACCCACUCUAAGUCCAGCAACAGUAAAUGUGAUGGAGGGGACCUCAGUGAGUCUGAUCUGCUCUGCUGAAGCCCCUUGUCCCUCACUCCCUCCAACUCUGACAUGGACCCCCACACUGAGUGACAGUGUGGAGGAUUUGCAGGUGACUCCGAAUCGAGUCAUAACUUCUAUCCUGAACUUUACCGCUUCACAUGUCCACCAUGGAGAGAAGAUCUCCUGCACUGCGCUGUACAAACGACAAGCUGGCAAGAGUGAUAAAUCAUCCAAAACUGAUCUGACAGUCACUGUUCUUUACUCUCCCAAGAACACCUCAGUGUCAGUCAGUCCCUCUGGUUCAGUGGUAGAGGGCAGGUAUGUGACUCUGACUUGCAGCAGCAAUGCUAACCCAGCAGUGUGGCGCUACAACUGGUACAGAGUUAUUGGAGAGCAGGUUUCAACAGUAUGGGCUAGCAGAACGCUAACUGUCCAGGUACCAGCAGAUUACAGUUAUUUCUACUGUGAAGCCAUCAAUGACCAUGGAACCAAGAAGUCAUCUGUCAUUCAACUAAAUGGAAUGUACCCUCCCAAGAACACCUCAGUGUCAGUCAGUCCCUCUGGUUCAGUGGUAGAGGGCAGCUCUGUGACCCUGACCUGCAACAGCAAUGCCAACCCUGCAGUGAAGAACUACACCUGGUACAGAGUCAAUGGGACUGAGGCUGUCCUUUUAGGAUCUGGAGAGAGCUUCACCUUAGACAGUAAAGCAAGUGAUAGUGGGGAGUACUGCUGUGAAGCACUGCAUGCACUCGGUAAAGAAAAAGCCACAGUUGUUCAGCUGGAUAUUCAAUUUCCCCCCAAGAACACCUCAUUGUCAGUCAGUCCCUCUAGCUCAGUAGCAGAGGGCAGCUCUGUGACUCUGACUUGCAGCAGCAAUGCCAACCCAGCAGUGAAGAACUAUACCUGGUACAGAGUUGAGGGAAGCAAGAAGGACAUUGUCGGGUCUGAAGAGGACCUCAACAUCUCCAGUGUGAACAGGCUUUCAAAUGAACAGUACUACUGUGAGGCUCAGAAUGUCCAUGGACUGCAGACCUCUGAAGCCAUCAGUAUCAAUGUAACGUUUGCUUCAGAGAUCCUGAACACCUCUCACUGCAUCAGGAUUUCAGCUACAUCUCAGAUCAGAUGUUUCUGUGAUAGCUAUGGGAACCCUGCUCCCACACUGGUGUGGCAGCUGGCUGGAGAGUCUGUCAAUCACUCCACUAACACCAUCAUCAUGGAGGAGCCAAUGGGCCAAGCAGGCCUGAGGAGCUCCCUCACCAUCCACCAAUCACAGGAAGAGAAAAUACAGAGUCUGGUCUGCCUCAGCUCCAACUUUGUUGAUUUUGACAACUUCUCAUUUGACUUAACAUCAAUGAAAACAUUGGAAGGUUUCCAUCUUCCCUCUCUGUUGAUCGGGGCUGGUGUGGGGGCAGGAGUAAUGAUGCUCCUAUGCAUCCCACUACUUCACUUCUGCAAGCAUAGGAGAGCCAGGCAGUCACCAAGCAAAAGACAGAAGGACACAGCAGAGUUCAUAGUGACGGAUGAGACCCUCUUUCAGGAGGAGGACCAUGUCUAUGCCAAUAAAGCCAUGCUGGAUGAGGCCCUCUGGCCCAACAGGACAGUGGACAGGGAAAUCGACGCCACAGACCUCCUCCACUACGCCAACUUGAACUUCUCGAAACUCCAGGCCAAGGUGGCCAAGCAGGGGGAGGGGGAGGGAGAGAUCAGGGGAGUCGCCUCCAAAACGACAGAGUACGCAGUGAUCCGCCUGCACUCCACAGGCAGUAUCGAGGGAGGGGCUGAGAAGAAGGAGGCCAUUCCUGCUCUGGAGCAGGGGGAGCACGCUGAGGACCAUGGAGCUAAAGUCUUGGAAGAAUCCCAGGCAGGGCACGAGAGUGACGAGGAAGAAGAAGUUGCAAAGGAUUCUGCGCUGCCAGAGCUACAGGGUGUGACUAAUUAUGCCCUCAGUGUCCAGGAGUAUACAGAGGCCGCACUGGGACAGUCUGAGCAGCACAACACAGCAGAAACUGCAGUGGACGAGGUGACACUGCUUUCUGAGCCGAAAGAUUCCGCUAAUGGUGAAGAGGAGGACACAUAUGGGAACAUAUGUCGUGGUCAGGUCAUAUCUGAAGCAAAUUGUGGACAACCUGAGUUAGAUAGGAGGACGAGUAGGAGAGUGUAAAGGCAUAGUAAGCUGAUGUGUAGAGGGAGUAAAGCUUAAAUGCAGAUAAGGUUGUGAAAAAUCACCCAUAAUGCACUGCAGAGAAAUCCUCGUCACCUUCCAAACUAGAACCACUAUGUCCACCUUUUUUUUUAACACCAGUUAUUCUACAGUGUCUGUUCAUCAGUUGGAUUUGCAUCUCUAUAUAUACAAUAUAUACAAAAGUCUGUGGACACCCCUUCAAAUUAGUGGAUUCGGCUAUUUCGGCUUAAAAUGAAAUCCAAUAAGGAAAUACAUUAGAUUAAAACAAAAAAACAAAGAUGUCUUGAUUGCGUAUGUCUUCAUACCCCAGAGGUAACACUUGGUGGAAGCACUUUGGGCCGCCAUUAUAGCUGUGAAUCAUUUUGAAUAAGGUUCUACUAACUUUGCACAACUCUUAGGCUAACACAUACCCAUUGUUUUUUGUCCAAAUAGCUCAAGCUCAGUAAAUUUGGUUUGGGAGUCAUUGAUGGACAGCAAUAUUCAAACAUUGUCUCUAAUUGUCAAGCAGAUAUAAGUCAGCACAAGCCACAGUACUUGAAAAUAGAGAGGGUUUCACUCUGUGUUGUGUAGUUCUGGAUUUGGCCCGUGGUUUUUAAUUUAGGCCAGAAAAAUGCAUUUCCUGUGUUGUCUUGCAGUAUUACUUAACUGCCUUGUUGCCAACAGAAUGUUUGAUUUGAAGGGGAUUUUUUUUAACACAGGCUUCCUCCUUUUCGCUUUUCUAUCGAGGCUAAUAAUGUGGAGUGAAUGCAAUGUUGUUGAUCCUCCUGUUUGUGGUGGAAACAAUGUGUUAUUGGUGUGCUUGACCUCGGCAGGGAUUGGAGAGUUUGUCAGGAUCAUAAUAAAUAUGAAAGGAGCAAAGCCCAGAUUAACAAAGCCCAGAUUCAGUCUUCUGAAUACCAAACACUGGGAUAGAGUUGUAUUUUUUCAGCGAGUCAAUUGCACACAUUUUAAUCUCAAAGACACACCAGAAUGGCUUUCCAAUAGCUGUUGACUGCUUCUGAAUGGUCCAGUGUGGUUCAGUCCUGACUUAAAUCUGCAUGAAAAUUUGAGACAAGGGGCUGGACUCAAUCCGUAUCGCUGUAGUCAAAUCCAAUGAAAAUCAAAUCAAGAAGCUGAUUUUCAAGGUUUGAAUUUUGCUGUCCAUCAUAAACUCCCAAACAAAUGUACUGGGCUUGAGCAAUUUUGACAAAAACAAUGUGUAUAUGUUUCCCUAUGAGGGGUUCAAAGUUGGUAGAAUCUAAUUCAAAAUGAUUGACAGCUCUAAUGACUGCCAAAGGUGCUUCCACCAUGUAUUUACUCUGGGGUGUGAAGACAUACAUAAUUAAGACAGCUCCGUUAUUUUUUAUUUAUUUAUUCAUUUGGAAAAUGUUCUGUAUUUUUUUCUUUCACUUUUAAAAUGUAGAGUAAGUUAUGUACAUCAGUAGGAAAACAAUCAAAUGUCAUACAUUUUUUAUUUACUUUUAAGGCAGCAAAAUGUUAAGACUGUGCGGGGGGGGGUGUACACUUUCACUAGGCACUGUGUAUGUUUUUUUAUUCUGACUUUUUAACUGUGUUUUUAUAGAUUAGUGUCGCUCCUUACAUACAUUUUCAAUUAAUUAAAUGUUCAUCUUGCAACAGUUAAGAGUGUAAUAUUUGUUUGUGUUUCAAAGUUUUGUUCCUCUUCUAUGAAUUUGUAACUUAUUGUUGCACAGACAAUGUGUAUUUAUGAACUUACAAAAUGUGUGUGAUGGUUAUGAAUCACUUCAACAUGUUGUAUUAUUGUUUUUAUUGUAUUUUUUAUUGAAAAUAUAUUUACAAUGUUUAAAGCUGAAUACAGGUGAAUACAGGUUACAAGCGGUCAGUAAAUUCAGCAUGAUUCAGUAACUAUGUAAAGUCAGAAGUCAGUAAUAAUGCACAUUGCAAUGUUAAACAAAUAUGAAGACAUGGUGUCAGUUGCAUAGCAUAUACACAAUAGCACAUCCUGUAAUAUGGGACAUUUCUAAACAGUGAAGCAUUUCUGUUUUGACAGCCUAGUAAGCACACAUUGCAUUGAUGUACCACACGAUGUUCAAACCCACUUUGAAUGACGUCAAUAAACUCUGUUUUCUGCCA